AACAGAGAGUGAGAGAGCUUCAUCCGCAGCUCAAAGCUCUGUCUUGCUACCCUUCCAUUCCCAGGUCCCACUUGGCUAUCUCAACCGCCUGCCCUCCUACCCCGGUUUAUUCACAAUUCUGAGCAAUCGGCUCCUUCUGAAAGUUAUCUAAUCUCUCACCCCAUUUAACCGUAUUUCCCCACAACCAUGGAGCCUUACGACGAUGGUUUCAUUGAGGAGCAAGAAGAGCAGGAGGAAGAGCGCACCGAGGAGAAGAUCAUCAACGAAGAGUACAAGACAUGGAAGAAGAACGCACCUUUCCUUUAUGACAUGAUCCUGAGCACGGCAUUAGAAUGGCCUACUCUCACAACACAAUGGCUACCUGAUAAGCAAGAUGUUCCCGAUAAGCCCUACUCGACUCAUCGCCUGCUUAUUGGCACUCAUACCUCGAGUGAUGCGCAAAACUACCUGCAGAUCGCUCAUGUACAGCUCCCUAAUCCGACUGCGCCUAACCCAGAUGACUACGAUGAAGAGCGUGGGGAGAUUGGCGGAUACGGCGGCAGCUCGAAGAAGGCGCCUAUGGAAAUCAAGUUCAACAUUGUGCAAAAGAUUGAUCACAAGGGUGAAGUCAACAAGGCGCGAUACCAACCACAGAACCCCAACAUCAUUGCCACCAUGUGCACAGAUGGCCGUGUAAUGAUCUGGGAUCGCUCAAAGCACCCAAGCUUGCCUACAGGCACUGUCAACCCUCAGAUGGAGCUUUUAGGCCAUACUCGCGAGGGUUUCGGUCUCAGCUGGAGUCCACACACCACCGGUCACCUUGCUACAGGUAGCGAGGACAAGACAGUCCGUCUUUGGGAUCUGACGACGUACACAAAGGGUAACAAGGCACUCAAGCCUGUUCGGACAUACACCCAUCAUUCCUCUAUUGUCAACGAUGUUCAAUACCAUCCUCUGCAUUCUUCACUCAUCGGAACGGUAUCUGAUGAUAUUACCCUCCAAAUUCUCGAUGUGCGUGAGGCCGAAACCACGCGUGCGGCUGCAUCAGCGGAGGGCCAGCACCGUGACGCCAUCAACGCCGUUGCGUUCAACCCUGCCGCAGAAACGGUCCUGGCCACCGGAUCGGCCGAUAAGUCGAUCGGCCUGUGGGAUCUACGUAAUCUGAAGACCAAACUGCACGCGCUUGAAUGUCACAACGACUCCGUGACUUCGCUCUCUUGGCAUCCAUUUGAGGAGAGCGUACUGGCCAGCGCCAGCUAUGACCGCAAGAUCAUGUUCUGGGAUCUUAGCCGGACUGGGGAGGAGCAGACCCCUGAGGAUGCCCAGGAUGGUCCACCCGAGCUUUUGUUCAUGCACGGCGGCCACACGAACCGCAUUUCGGAUUUCAGCUGGAACCUGAAUGAUCCGUGGGUGCUCUGCUCGGCGGCCGAAGACAACCUGCUGCAGGUGUGGAAGGUGGCAGAUGCGAUUGUCGGCAAGGAUCUGGAGGAUGUGCCGACCGAGGAGUUGGAACCAUGAGCUGCCAGUUUCAGAUGCAAAUUUGCAUCAGGGGAUGGCUCGUCUUACUUCAUGUACUUCUUCGAUGGGGUUGCUACAAUCACAGCGAGGAUGUGGGAAAGAAAACAAACAAACACAUGACAACGAAUUCUGCUGCACAGUCGGUUAACAGGAGUUUAGUGGCUGCAAUGUAACAUAUGAAGCCUAGCUACUUAGUACUGCAUCAUUUUCCAGAC